UGCAGGAUGGUUAGCGGCAUGCGCCAAUGAAGGAACUUAUCACUGGAUUUUCACAGUAUAGAGGCUUUGGAAAAGACGCAGUUUUAAGACGGACUUUAAUUUUAAAUCGAAACUUACACCAUAUAUGCUAAAAAAUCGAUAAAGGGGAUAGAAAAGUUGCCACAUUUAGCUACGAAGGCGGUAAAUUGGCAGCCUAAAUCCACAUCCUGAUUGACGGUCAAAGAUGCCAGUAGCGGAAGAAUCACACGGCAUUAACAAUGUUGUGGACAACAUCUGUGGGCUCCCUCCAGAUCUGUUAACUGAAACAUGUCAGCAUAUACUAACUUAUCUUCAAGGGCAGAGGAGUGGAGUAGAUCCAGCUGAAAUCUCUCAAAUAUUGCAGAGGGCUGGAGUAAGACUAGAUCAUGAAGCUCUAGAAGAGAUCAUUAGAUUUCUUAUGGUGACUUUCAGGUCAGGUGGGAAGAGCAACCUCUCUGCAGACGAUCUUGUGACAAAACUGGAAGAAAGCAGUAACAAGUGGUCUAAAGCUUCCCUUCAGGUGCUGCACAGGUUGUGGAGUGAACACGGUGCAGUUGUCCACGCCCAGCAAGAAGCCCGCGCCAUGCUCAGCAUCGGGCAGCUGGUGGACAUGGAGUGGAAGCUGGGGAUGUCGGUGAGCUCGGACAGCUGUCGAUCUCUCAACUCACCGUAUGUAACUCUACGGCUGAAGAUUGUUGAGCCCUCCGGACAGAUUUGCCAGAGGUCUUUUGAGAUGAGCGUUCCACAGUUCCAGAACUUUCACAAACAGUUCAAGGAAAUAGCGGCUGUUAUGGAGACUCUAUGAUGGUUAGCAUGCCUAAGUGCUUGUUACCAUUAUACCCGAGUUUGUAUGAAAUUGACCGAAGGAACAGCUUGACACAAGUGUGUGGUGUGUGUUUUGAAAUGUCAGUGUGACUUGAGUUACAUAAGUUCUUACAUGGUUUACUUUCAGGACUUCAUGCUGUUAAAAUAGCUUUUUUAAAAUUAUUUUUUAAAGGUUGUCUUCCUUUUCUUAAGCCUGAAUAAGGUAUUUAAUAACAGCAUUUUGUGGUUUAUAUUUAUACUAACAACACAGGAUCUUGAGUAAAAUGGUUAAUUGAACCAAAAUUGUUAGAAAAUUUCUGUAAAAUGGUCUGAUAAAUUACUUUUUGUGUUAAAUUUCUUUUUUAUUUUGCUUUUGGAUCUGUACAGAAUGAAAAUAUAAAUCUUGUUGCUUUAUUUUCACAGAUUGAUUAAAAAAUUGAUAAACCUUUCGCACCCUACCCAUAAUAGCUUUCCAAUAAGAUGUUUGGAAAGAUUGUAAAGAAAAGUGGUCCAUGUUAGCAUUUUGAGCUUCUUGUUGCCUGGUUAUUCAUCUUAUGUAAAAAAAAAUCUAUAUAUUGGAACAAUGUACAUAAUCCAUCUUUGUGCACUUUACAUACAGUAAAUCUGUAGUUCUGUUAGACACUUUUUCCUUAUAUUCUACAACCCACCACAUAUUUUAUUUUUCACUUUACUGCAUUUAUCUAACAAAAACUAGUUAAUUUUUCAGUCAAAUUCUUACUGAAUGAAUACUUAUUUUAAAGGGGAGGGAGAGCCUGUAAAAUCCACACAGAGGCUCCAGCCAAGAUUGGAACCAGGAACCACUGAAGCAUCAGCGCUAACACCACGCUGUCAUGUUCCACUUUUAUUCUCUCAAAUUCACUUUGUAAAACUGCUGUAGAAGUGAAUAUAUCCCUGUGAAAUAACGCUUGUAAUAUUUUCAAAUUCUGGCUCCUCAAUUAUUGCAUCAACGUUAGGGUUAACUUGUACAGGAGCUGUUGUGCUCUGUCUAAAUAAAUAUUCAGAUGGAUUCAG